CGUCGUUCCCGUGACGUCACACCGGGAGUCCUGACGUGCGACGAACCGUCCGGCGUCGCCUGUCCAGUGACGUCCCAGUCGGUGGCCGGGGGCGAGGGGGACAAGUCCCGCAGCGGCCGCCGCCCGGACGUGGUGGUCGGGCUUCCCUGGGACAGCCCGGAAGGGCGCCGGUGGAGCCCGUGCUCAUGCUCCGGGGGUGGCCAGUGUUCGUGAGAUGGUGAUGCCGCGCUCACCGUUCCCGGGGGAGGAACCCCUGGCGACGCCACGGCUCACUCCGAUUGCGCACACAGCAGACGCCGCCAUGCCGACGCUGACGCCGCUGACAUCGCCGACACCGCUGACGCCGUUGGCGGCCGACCUAUCGGAGGACGAAGACGUGCUGCAGGCACUGCCACAUGGUCAGCUAUCCAGCCAGCUCCUGUCGCGCCAGAUGGACCAGAUUGUGCGCCGCUCCGUCAGCCGCAAGGACGAAAUCAAGCGUGAAACGCCAGCGGCCGGCACCAGUCAGCAGCAGCGCCUCUUCAACGCCUGCCUCACGGGCGACACGCAGCUGGCGACCGCCGCACUCGACGCCGGCGCCGACCCCAACGCCGACAUGCGCGCCGUGUCCAAGACAUCACGGAAGCGAACGCGCCUGGACGGCGACAGUAGACAGCCGCACGCGCGCCUGCGCUCGCCACGAGGUCAGCAGACAUUGCCCAGCCUGCUGCGGCCCAAUAUCCUGCUUCACCUGGUGGCAUCGCUGGGCGACUACGACAUGCUCGACCUGCUGCUGCAGCGCGACGCCGACCCAGCUAUGUCCGACGCAGUCGGCGACACGGCGCUUCAUGUGGUUAGUCGUGUGCACCACCCAAUCGACGUGACCAUCGAGCUCGUGCGGCUGCUGCGCGAGGCCGACGCGCCGCUGGAGGCGACGAACAUGGCUGGCCUGACGCCGCUGCAUCAGGCGGCCGCUGCCGGCAAUACGGCCGCUCUACUCACCCUGGCCGAACUGGGUGCCCGCUGCGCCUGCCAGAACGCACGCGGCAACACGCUGCUGCACGCAGCCGUCGCUUCGGGCUGCGCCAGCACCGUGUCGGCGGCGCUCGACCGGCUGCCGGCCGCGGCGCUGCACCAACCUAACAAGGCCGGUCGCACGCCGUUGCAGCUGGCCACGAACCGCGAGAUUGUGCGACUGCUGUUGGUGGCCGGGGCGCGUGGAGACGAGCCCACCACACUGACGCUGCUGCAGAACGUGCCUUCGGCCGUACCAGACGUGCUCGAGCACUACAUGACCACCAACAAUCGGCCGCUGGACAGCUCCGAGCUCGAGGUGUACUUGGACUACAUGCCGUUCUGGGACGCCGCGCGCCAACAGCCGGCGCCCGAGACAGGCGUACUCCGAGCCAUCGUCGACGCCGACCAGGACGAACUGCUCAAACACCCUCUGGUCGAGACGUUCCUGCACAUCAAGUGGUUGCAGGUCCGUCGCUUCUUCAUCUUCAGCUUCGCGUUCUACGUGUGCUUCGCGCUGCUAGUGACGGGCUACGGAAUGAUGUGUGUUAUGCAACCGCACGCGGCAGCGACGAAGGUGCUGGCCUGCAUCUCCGGUACCCUCACCAUCGCCGCCACCAUCCGCGAGAUAUUCCAGCUGCUGUACAGCUGGCGGCUGUACGUAGGCAGCGUUGAGAACUGGCUGGAGGUGGUGAUCAUUGCGCUCAACUCGGCACUGCUCAUCGGCCGUAACUCUUACGGCGGUUGGGUCCACCAUGUCGUCGCCUGGCUCAUUCUGACCGCCUGGAUGGAGCUGACACUUAUGGUGGGCCGCUUCCCCAGCAUCGGCAUAUACAUACAUAUGUUUAUCCGCGUCGCUCAGAACCUGGUCGGCUUUCUUCUCGUCUACUCGCCGCUACUGGUGGCGUUCGCACUCAGUUUCCAGGUGCUGUUUGGCGACAAAGCCGCUUUCCAAACCAUCCCAGUGGCGCUCAUCAAGACGUUCGUCAUGAUGAUGGGGGAGUACGAAUAUGACGGCAUGUUCACCAGCAACAACGCGCUUCUCUACCCUGGUACGGCUCACCUCAUCCUUAUCCUGUUCAUCGUCAGCAUGUCGAUCAUCACCGUCAACCUGCUGAUCGGUCUCACUGUCAACGACAUCCAGGGCCUGUUCAAGACGGCCGGCGUACAACGACUACGCAUGACUGUCAUCCAGAUCCUCUUCAUCGAGUCGGUCAUCUACUCCAAAGUCCUGCAUACGGUGCUUCGCUCGCGCAUCUGUCGGCGCAUGCAGGCCAAAGUAACGCUGCUGCCGAAGCUGCUGUUGCGCCAGGUGGACAAGCGCCUGUCGGGCCAGCCGGCAGCGGACACCACCUGCACGCCGGCAGACAAGACCGAGAACGGUAACGGCAACGGCGAAGCCGACGACGGCGAGCGUAUCCUGCGCGCCACCUUCCGCCCCAACGCCAAGGGUCGCGCGCGGCUGUACCGAACGACCGAGACGGGCGAACUGCGCCCGUCUCGAUACACCAUGCACGACUGGAUGCAGCGCAACAUGCUGGCGCUGUUGCGCGGCCGCGCGGCCGACGCCGACCGCGAGACCCGCGAACAGCUGCUGCAGGCCGAGAUACUGGCGUCUGUGCGCGCCAAGACCGGCGAGCUCGGCCCGCUCUACGAGGUGCCUGAGGCGGAGCUAGGGCCGGACAGCGCGCCCGCCUCCGACCGCCAGACAUCAGCCGUCCGUGACGUCAACGGAGACCGGGACGAGCAGACUGAGCCAGAGGGCGCCGGUCGCAGCAGGAGCGGCGGUCGCAUUCGCCGCAAGAACGCUCUGGCCAGCCGCGACUCGCUGGAGGAGCUCGGCCAGAAGCUGGACACGGUGCUGGCCACCGUGGCCGAGGUGUCGCUCAAGAUGGGUAUCAUCGAGCGUCGCCUCAACCUGACCAGCCCGCCGCGGCUCGACACAUUUUACUCGGUUUGA